AGUAGGAGGCGAUAUACAAUAGGAGGAAAAACACCGAGCCAGCUUAUCACACAGGACUGUAAUCACGUUUGACAGCUGCGGACCUCAACAGCGUUUUGCCCGUCGUUCUCAGCCGAGAUGUCUGUAAAGGCCAUUUCUGAGCGGACAGGAAAAGAGCUCCUGUAUAAAUACAUCUGCACCACAGCAGUUGUGCGAAACCGUUUCUCCUGUGUGACGGUCACUACAGACACCAACUGGGACUGCAUUACAGUGGACCACCCGUGGCUGCUAACAGAAAGGCUAGUUGUGAAGCCAGAUCAACUGAUUAAACGAAGAGGAAAGCUGGGAUUGGUAGCAGUUGACCUGAAACUUGAGAGUGUCCAGGAAUGGCUGAAAUCACAUCUGAUGACAGAAAUUACAGUUGGGAAUGCAAAAGGGGUUUUAAAGAAGUUCCUCAUUGAGCCAUUUGUUCCUCAUAUUCAGGAAGAGGAGUUUUAUGUGUGUAUAUACGCAAGCCGGGAGGGCAGUCAUGUUCUGUUCCAUCAUGAGGGUGGAGUGGAGAUUGGAGAUGUGGACAACAAAGCCCAGAGACUAACAUUGGGAAUAGAUGAGAAGCUCAUGGAAGAAAUAGUUACCCAGCAGUUACUUGUACAUGUUCCUGAUGACAAGAAAGAAGUGCUGGCAAGCUUCAUAGUGGGCCUCUUCAAUUUGUAUGAAGACCUUUACUUCACAUAUCUGGAGAUCAACCCACUUGUGGUCACUAAGGAUGGAGUGUAUGUCUUAGAUAUGGCAGCCAAAAUUGAUUCUGCAGCAGAGUACAUCUGCAAGCCCAAGUGGGGUGAUGUAGAGUUUCCUCCUCCAUUUGGCAGAGAAGCUUAUCCUGAGGAAGCAUACAUUGCAGAUCUGGAUUCUAAGAGUGGUGCUAGUCUGAAACUCACUGUGCUGAACCCCAGUGGACGCAUCUGGACCAUGGUGGCUGGCGGUGGUGCAUCUGUGGUGUACAGUGACACUAUAUGUGAUCUGGGUGGAGUAGAUGAGUUGGCCAACUAUGGUGAAUACUCUGGAUCUCCCAGCGAGCAGCAGAUGUAUGAUUAUGCCAAGACUAUCCUUUUACUUAUGACCCGAGAAAAACACUCUGAUGGAAAGGUGUUGAUCAUUGGUGGCAGUAUUGCUAACUUCACAAAUGUAGCAGCAACUUUUAAGGGUAUUGUGAGAGCUAUCAAAGACUACCAGGAGCCUCUAAAAGAACAUGAGGUUACCAUCUUUGUGCGACGAGGAGGUCCAAACUACCAGGAAGGAUUGAGAGUGAUGGGGGAAGUUGGAAAGACUACUGGUAUUCCCAUUCAUGUCUUUGGCACAGAAACACACAUGACUGCCAUUGUUGGCAUGGCACUGGGUCAUCGGCCAAUUCCCAAUCAGCCUCCAGUGGCAGCACACACUGCCAGUUUCCUGUUGAAUAGCAGUGCUAGUGCUGCUACACCACCAAUAACUAGAAAUACUUCAUUGUCUGAACACAACACCUGUAGUGUCACAGAUGCCAUCACACCCACAACAGGUGCUCCACCAGUAGUUUCCACUCAUUGCCAUUCAUGGUCUGGUAAAGUCAUGUUAAAUGCAGCAGUAAAAGCUAAACCCACGACUCUGUUCAGCAGACAGACCAAGGUAAUCGUGUGUGGCAUACAGACACAGGCAGUUCAGGGCAUGCUGGACUUUGAUUACGUGUGUUCUCGUGAUGAACCCUCUGUUGUCGCAAUGGUCUACCCCUACACUGGUGACCACAAGCAGAAAUUUUACUGGGGUCAUAAGGAGAUCUUACUGUCUGUCUAUAAGAACAUGGCUGAUGCUAUGAAGAAACAUCCAGAUGUUGACGUACUCAUUAACUUUGCCUCCCUUCGCUCAGCCUUCGACAGUACCAUGGAAACACUUCAGUACCCUCAGAUACGCACUAUAGCCAUCAUAGCUGAAGGCAUUCCUGAAGCUCUGACUCGCAAACUUAUCAAAACAGCUGAUGAAAAGGGCGUCACUAUCAUUGGACCUGCUACUGUUGGUGGUAUAAAGCCAGGCUGCUUUAAGAUUGGGAACACAGGUGGAAUGCUUGACAAUAUUCUGGCAUCAAAGUUGUACAGGCCAGGCAGUGUGGCAUAUGUGUCCAGUUCAGGAGGGAUGUCCAAUGAACUCAACAACAUCAUCUCACACACUACAGAUGGGGUUUAUGAGGGAGUUGCUAUUGGAGGGGACAGAUUUCCUGGUUCCACAUUCAUGGACCAUGUGCUUAGGUAUCAGGACACUCCAGGCAUCAAGAUGAUUGUUGUGCUGGGAGAGAUUGGAGGCACGGAGGAGUAUAACAUCUGUCAAGGCAUUACAGAUGGCCUAAUCACUAAACCAAUUGUAUGUUGGUGUAUUGGAACAUGUGCUACCCUGUUGUCUUCUGAGGUGCAGUUUGGCCAUGCUGGAGCAUGUGCCACGCAAGUGUUAGAGACAGCUGUUGCCAAAAAUCAAGCACUGCGGGAAGCAGGUGCAUUUGUGCCCAAUAGCUUUGAUGAAUUGGGCGAUGUCAUCAAGUUUGUUUAUGAUGACCUUGUCACAAAUGGAAUCAUUGUUCCAGAACAGGAGGUUCCUCCUCCUACUGUUCCAAUGGAUUACUCCUGGGCAAGAGAGCUGGGGUUGAUUCGAAAACCUGCGUCGUUCAUGACUAGUAUUUGUGAUGAAAGAGGCCAGGAGGUCAUAUACGCCGGUAUGCCCAUCACAGAGGUGUUUAAAGAGGAAAUGGGUGUCGGAGGAGUGCUGGGCCUGUUGUGGUUCCAGAGGAGGUUACCACGUUACGCAUGUCAGUUCAUCGAGAUGUGUUUGAUGGUGACUGCAGAUCAUGGGCCAGCUGUAUCUGGUGCACAUAACACCAUUGUGUGUGCUCGUGCUGGUAAAGAUCUGGUGUCCAGUUUGACCUCUGGACUUCUGACAAUCGGAGACCGUUUUGGUGGUGCUCUGGAUGCAGCUGCUAAACAGUUUAGUAAAGCAUUUGACAGCGGCUUGCUGCCCAUGGAGUUUGUCAACAAAAUGAAGAAAGAUGGUGUACUGAUUAUGGGCAUUGGCCAUAGAGUAAAAUCAAUCAAUAACCCUGAUAUGCGGGUGCAGAUCCUGAAGGACUUUGUGAAGCAGCAUUUCCCUUCAACACAGUUACUGGAUUAUGCUCUUGAAGUCGAGAAGAUCACCACCUCAAAAAAGCCCAACCUUAUUUUAAACAUUGAUGGUUUUAUUGGUGUGGCUUUUGUCGACCUCUUAAGAACAUGUGGAGGUUUUACACGAGAUGAAGCAGAUGAAUUUGUUGAUAUCGGCACUCUCAAUGGAAUCUUCGUUUUGGGACGCAGCAUUGGUUUUAUCGGUCACUAUCUGGACCAGAAACGUCUGAAGCAGGGUCUCUACCGACAUCCAUGGGAUGAUAUCUCCUACGUUCUUCCUGAGCACAUGUCAACGUAAACCGGAAACUUUUAAAUAUUUUGGGGAUAUAUAUUUUGAUUCAGAAACAUAUCUAUUUCAUUACUUUAUCAAAAUGGAAAAGGGAGGGGUAAAUUAUUUAGUCAUAACCAAAGAGAUGUGGUGAUAAAAUACUAGCGAACUUGGUAACUUUCACAAAGCAUGAACAUUUUCAAUUGAAUUUGUAAAAUGGCUGCUUAUGUAACAAAUAUUUAAUGUUUUCUAAGAACAUCUUGUUCCCAACUCUACAAUGCAUCUUUCUUUACUCUGGUUAGGAUUUAGAAAUGAACUUCUAUUAAUAGAGGAUGUUAGGGUGUCAAUUCUAAUUUGUAUGAAAACACCACAUCUUAAAUAUGCAAAGCACCAAAUUAUACAUAUUUAUAAAUAUUAUUUGUUACUAAAUGUUAAUACGCAAAUUUUAUUAUGCCAUCAACAUUUAUAAUACAGUGGAAAAAGAUUAUAAUGAUACAUACUAAAAUACAUAGUUCCAAAAAAAAAUUUAAUGAGAUGCAUGCUGCUACUUAACGAGAUAACGAGAGACACACUGAACCAGGUGGAAGCAAAUUUGCAAUUCACAGUAAGCACAUUCAUUUACAAAAGAAAGGUGAAUUUAAAUCAGCUUCUUUGCUGUUGUUUUUAUGCACCAAGAUCUGUUACUUUUGAAAAUAAAGUUCUUUAUAAGUUA